UCCCUGUUGUUCUUUGGUUCUUUACAUAUUGAAUCUGUAAGAUAUUACUGUAUAAUGACGGCCAAACAGAUCUAGUCUCGAUGGAAUUUGCCCUGGUUUCUUGAAGUGAGAUUGCGAAAGCUUUUGACGCAAUAGCCUGCGUAGAAAGUUGUCAAAUCUGGACAAACUCUCACACACAUCAUCAUAAAAAUCAAGACAAAAUGGCAGACACUAAAGAAACUGAACCCCAGCCAAAUGCACAGCAAGCUCAGGAUUCACAGCCAGCUCAAGACCCUCAGAGUGUGGUGUCUCGUGUGGGCAACCUGCCUCUGUUAAGCUCGACCUAUCAGAUGCUGUCGAGCGCCUACAGCACCACUAAGGAGAGUGUGCCCCUGCUGAAGGGGGUGAUGAAUGUGGCCGAAAGCGGGGUUAGCACCCUAGCAGCGGCCGCCACCACUGGCUCCAAGCCCAUACUGGACCGCCUGGAGCCUCAGAUUACUGCUGUGAAUGAAUAUGCCAUGCUGGGACUGGAUAAGGUGGAGCAGAAGCUCCCAAUAUUGCAGCAGCCUGCAGAUAAGGUUGUGUCAGACAUGUACAGUUCUGUCACUGGAGCCAAAGAUGCCAUGAUUGGGGCAGUCAUGGGGGGAGUGGAGAUGACCCGUGCAGCUGUGAAUGAGCGCAUAAACACCGUAAGCCAAAUGGUCAGCAGUGGGGUCAACAUGGCCCUGAGCCACUCCGAGAGCUGGGUAGACCACUACCUGCCAAUGAGCGAGAAAGAACUGGCUGCACUGUCUGAACCGGUCCCUAGUGAAGAGGCAGCAGCCAUGGUGAGCUCCAGUCCAGCAGGUUCUGCUUCCAAUUCCGACUCCAGUCCCAGCUAUUUCGUCCGCCUGGGCAAACUCUCUGCCAAGGUGCGUGAGCGUGCAUUGGAGCAGUCGCUGGUGCGUGCCCGAAACGCCCGUGAUGCCACCCACACGGCCGUGACGCAGAUCAGCAGCACGCUGGACCUGUUAGAGAACGCCCGCACUACUCUGACCACCGCCAACCAGCAGCUAGGGGGCGCUCCAGAGCAGCUGAUGCAGCGCUGGAAAGAGUGGCAGCAAAGCCAGCAGCAGCAGCAGCAGGGCCAGCCACAGGGAGGAGAGGGCCAAGGAACGCAGGGGGAGCAAAGCAUGGAAGUGGAUGGGACCAACGACCAUGGAGCGCAGUUAGAUAGCUGGACCCUAUCCAUGGCGCGGGACCUGACAGGGCAGCUGCGAACGGCCUGCUCCACAGUGGUGUCCAGUGCACAGGGUCUCCCCAGCACCGUGCAGGAGCAGCUGCUCAACGCCCGCCGCACCGCAGAGGAGCUCCAGCGCUCCCUGGGCAGCGCCAGCACCCUCACGCCACAACUCCUGCAGCAGACACGCAACCAGAUAACACAGGUGCGUCAGUCUUUGGAUGGAGUGGUAGAGUAUCUGCUUCACAACACCCCUCUGAACUGGCUGGUGGGGCCCUUUGCACCCCAGAACACUGAGAAACCAGAUGCCGCAGUACAGCCAGCCCCCCCAAGUCAGGGCUGAAGACUGAGCCACAGAGACUGCAACCACAAUACUAUACUCUCCAAGUGCCUUUAAGAGUAACAGCACUGAAAACUGAGCUGUUGGAUCACUAUUAAAUAGUGUGUUUACAUUAAGUAGGCUAACUCAAGAAUUGUCUGUGCCUAGUGUGUUAACAAAAAGCACAAUAAAGUAUUCUAAGACAAAAAAAAAAAAAAUCUAAUGUUGGGCUGACAGUAUAGUCACUGAAAUUGAAUUUGAAUAUGGUCUGGUGUGAUCCAUUACACAAUGUAAGCACCACAUUAAAAAUACUUUCAAGAUAGGCCUACUUUAGCCCAUCACAGUUUACAAAUUUCUCCCAAAGCAUUUUGCUUUACUUGACAAAGAAGGCCCUGUCCCUGAGUGAUCGCAUUUUGAUUAACCACUGGUAUUUACAAAUAAUAAGAGGUUAUUGUACAUUGUAUUAUUAAUAAAGAAUUAUUCUAUAAUUCUGAUGUUUCAUCAUGUUUACUCUACAAACUGCAUUAGACUGAAGUGUACAGUUAAUCUUACAGUUUCUUUAUACCUUCAUGGUAAAAUGCGAGAUAUGACCUGCUGAAGCCUCCCAAAGGCAUAGCCUACAUAAUCCACGGGGCAACCUUGUGUUCUGCACAUAAUGUUUAUCAAUUGAACACUGUUUUAUCAUGAAGCAUAUGUGAAUUAAAAACUAGCCUACAUAGUU